GAAGGCCCCAUCCGGACGGAGGGGCGCGGCGGCCGUUACGCGCCUGAGGCGGGCGGUGCCAGCGGCGCCCUCUGCCCCCUCCGGGCGUGAUGGGCGGGCGCUGCCUUAUGCACUGAAGAAAAGAGUUUUGUCACUGCCUUCCUUUCUUCGGAAAAGAGGUUGGAACAUACAUGAAAGCCUUCCAUGGGAGACCUCUCUACUAACGGGGCACGUGAAUGCUGGACAGACCACUAGGACAAACAGAUCUUGGUGCUUAAUGUAAGUGACUUAAGUCCAGCCUCUGACUGAAUUGGUCACAGAAGCUUAUUGACGAGUCUUGUCAACAGAAGUCAGUCUUCCACCUGCCUGCUCUUAAGAUGGUGACUGCCAAGGCUUGGGUUCUGAAGAAGCAUUUUGAAGGUUUCCCCAAAAUGAGUGACUUUGACCUGGUAAAGAUUGAGCUGCCCAAACUAAAGGAUGGAGAGGUGCUGCUUGAAUCAGUAUUUCUAAGUGUUGAUCCUUACAUGAGAGUUUACAGUCAAAGAGACAUGAAAGAAGGGAACAUAAUGAUAGGUACACAGGUUGCCAGGAUUAUAGAAAGCAGGAAUACAGCUUUUGUGGUAGGAGACUUUGUUGUGGCUAACAGUGGCUGGAGAACUCAUUUCAUCUCCAAUGGGAAAGAUCUACAUUUUCUUCCUUCUGGCUGGCCAGAGUCAUUCCCCAGAUCUUUAGCACUCGGGACAAUUGGCAUGCCUGGACUCACUGCAUAUUUUGGUCUGUUGGAGGUCUGCAAGAUGAAGCCAGGAGAGACAGUUCUGGUUAAUGCUGCAGCUGGGGCUGUGGGCUCUGUGGUGGGACAGCUCGCUAAAAUUGGAGGUUGCAGAGUGGUUGGCUGUGCUGGCUCAGAUGAAAAGGUUGCUUAUCUGAAAAAAAUCGGCUUUGAUGAAGCCUUUAAUUACAAGACAGUUACAUCUUUGGAAGAAGCGCUGCGUAAAGCCUCUCCUGAAGGCUACGACUGUUUCUUUGAUAAUGUAGGUGGAGAAUUUAGCAGUGUUGCCAUUCACCAGAUGAAGAAAUUUGGAAGGAUUGCAGUCUGUGGAGCUAUCUCUCAGUACAAUGACUCAGUACCUCAGAAAGGACCUUAUAUUCAGUUUCCAAUGAUCAUCAACGAGCUUCAAAUGCAAGGAUUUAUUGUUCACCGCUGGAAUAGCCGCUGGGAGGAAGGUCAAAAGGCACUGCUAAAAUGGGUCCUAGAGGGAAAAAUUAAGUACCAUGAACAAAUCACUGAAGGAUUUGAGAACAUGCCCGCAGCUUUCUUUGGAAUGUUAAAGGGAGAAAAUCUUGGAAAAGCCAUUGUAAAGGUCUGAAGGUCACAUAUCCUGUUCCUAAGAGACUGGCACGGGAGGAUGUGAUUCUGCUCGAUUAAGUGCUUUUGUCUCACUAUUCAAAAGGCGUAUUUCUGUCUCUGUGCUGGAUGUUUUAUGAUGAUAACUUUUUUAAACAAUUUUUCUAAUAGAUGUAGGUGUAUGCAAAUGGUUUGGCUUUUGAGCAGCUUGAGAAUUGUUCCCAAAGCUGUAUACAAAACCUUGAAACUAUUGAAUCUGUUGCUGUGCAUUAGAAAAUCAGAACUGUAACAGUUUAAAUCGAAUUUGAUUUGAACUGGAUUUAAGUUAACUCAUGGAAAGGAAAAUGCAGUUCCAAAGGCUUUGCCUGUUGAUGGCACAUCUGAUGCCUAAAGUAUACUGAUUUGCCUAGAAUUCAGCAAGAAGGGAUUUAAAUUUGUAACCGCUAGCAAGAAGCAAGGAAUAGACUAAUAGCAGGCAAGGGCUCCCAGCUUGGUCAUAUAUCUGGCUUUUUUUCCCUCCCAUUCAGUUUUGUUUUGUUUUGUUUUUUUUUUCCUUUCAUCAGGGAAAAAAAAGAUAUCUAAACUACUCUGAGAUUAUGAUAAUUAAAAAAAAUCUAUUAUUUGACGCUUUG